AAGCCAAAAAUCUUCCCUCCUACCCGGGGCCAAACAAGAUGAGGGACUGUUACUGCACCGUGAACCUAGACCAGGAGGAGGUUUUCAGGACCAAAAUCGUGGAAAAGUCGCUCUGCCCCUUCUACGGAGAAGACUUUUACUGUGAGAUUCCUCGGAGUUUCCGUCACCUGUCGUUCUACAUUUUUGAUAGAGACGUUUUCCGGAGGGAUUCCAUCAUAGGGAAGGUGGCCAUCCGGAAGGAGGACCUGCAGAAGUACCACAACAGGGACACCUGGUUCCAGCUGCAGCACGUGGACGCCGACUCGGAAGUGCAGGGCCAGGUCCACCUGGAGCUGAGGCUGAGCGAGGUCAUCACGGACACGGGCGUCGUCUGCCACAAGCUGGCCACGCGCGUCGUCGAGUGCCAAGGCCUCCCCAUCGUGAACGGGCAGUGUGACCCCUACGCCACGGUGACGCUGGCGGGACCACUCAGGUCGGAAGCAAAGAAGACAAAAGUGAAAAAGAAGACCAACAACCCCCAGUUUGACGAGGUGUUCUACUUUGAGGUGACCAGACCCUGCAGCUACAGCAAAAGGUCCCACUUUGACUUCGAGGAGGAGGACGUGGACAGACUCGAAAUCAGAGUCGAUCUCUGGAAUGCCAGUAACCUGAAGUUCGGAGACGAGUUCCUGGGAGAACUGCGGAUUCCGCUGAAGGUGUUGCGUCAGUCCGGCUCCCACAAGGCGUGGUACUUUCUUCAGCCCCGGGACAACGGCAGUAAGAGCCCGAAGCCGGACGAUCUGGGGUCCCUGCGGCUGAACGUGGUGUACACCGAGGACCACGUGUUCUCCUCCGACUACUAUAGCCCCCGCGCUGACCGCCCGCCCCGCCCCCAGCCCGUGUCUGCGUCGGCGGCGCACAUCCUGGGCGAGGUGUGCCGGGAGAAGCAGGAGGCGGCCGUCCCGCUGGCGCGACUCCUGCUGCACGCGGGACGGGUGGUGGCCUUCGUCAGCGCCAUCGCGGGCGCCGAGGUGCAGAGGACGCAGGACCCCAACACCAUUUUCCGAGGCAACUCGCUGACGUCCAAGUGCAUCGACGAGACGAUGAAGCUGGCGGGCAUGCACUACCUGCACGUGACGCUGGGGCCCGCCAUCGGGGAGAUAUGCCAGGGCCACAAGUCUUGUGAGAUCGACCCCGUGAAGUUAAAAGACGGAGAAAACCUCGAGAACAACAUGGAGAACCUGCGGCAGUACGUGGACCACGUCUUCCACGCCAUCACCACGUCCGGGGUGAGCUGCCCGACGGUCAUGUGCGACAUCUUCUUCUCCCUCCGAGAGGCGGCCGCCAAGCGCUUCCAAGAUGACCCGGACGUGAGGUACACCGCCGUGAGCAGCUUCAUCUUCCUGCGGUUCUUCGCCCCGGCCAUCCUCUCCCCCAACCUCUUCCAGCUCACACCUCACCACACGGACCCGCAGACGUCCAGGACGCUGACCCUCGUCUCCAAGACCAUCCAGACGCUCGGCAGCUUGUCCAAGUCCAAGUCCGCCAGUUUCAAGGAGUCGUACAUGGCCACGUUCUACGAGUUCUUCAACGAGCAGAAAUACGCGGAUGCCGUGAAAAACUUCCUGGACCUGAUCUCGUCCUCGGGGAGAAGAGACCCCAAGAGCGUAGAGCAGCCCAUCCUGCUCAAGGAAGGGUUCAUGAUUAAGAGGGCGCAAGGGAGAAAGCGCUUUGGGAUGAAGAAUUUUAAGAAGAGAUGGUUCCGCCUGACGAACCACGAAUUCACCUACCAGAAAAGCAAAGGAGACCCGCCGCUGUGCAGCAUCCCCAUCGAGAACAUCCUGGCGGUGGAGAGGCUGGAGGAGGAGUCCUUCAAGAUGAAAAACAUGUUCCAGGUGGUCCAGCCCGAGCGCGCGCUGUACAUCCAGGCCAACAACUGCGUGGAGGCCAAGGACUGGACCGACAUCCUCACCAAAGUCAGCCAGUGCAACCAGAAGCGCCUCAGCGUCUUCCACCCGUCCGCCUACCUCAACGGCCACUGGCUGUGCUGCCGGGCGUCCUCGGACACGGCCGCGGGCUGCACGCCCUGCACGGGGGGCCUCCCGGCCAACAUCCAGCUGGACAUCGACGGGGACCGUGAGACGGAGCGGAUCUACUCCCUGUUCCACACGUACAUGGCCAGGCUGGAGAAGAUGCAGGAGGCCUGCGGGAGCAAGUCCGUGUACGACGGCCCCGAGCAGGAGGAGUACUCCACAUUCAUCAUCGACGACCCCCAGGAGACGUACAAGACGCUGAAGCAGGUCAUCGCCGGGGUAGGCGCCCUGGAGCAGGAGCACGCCCAGUACAGGAGGGACAAGUUCAAGAAGACGAGAUACGGAAGCCAGGAGCACCCCAUCGGGGACAAGAGCUUCCAGAGCUACGUCAGGCAGCAGUCGGAGACCUCCACGCAUUCCAUUUGAAGUUCGCGCCACGUGGGGAGGAGCGGGGCCUCCCUCCCUGGGACCAGCACGGCCGCCGCACUGCCGUGCCCAUGUCGCCGAGCCGCGUCGCUUCCCCGAGAAGCCGCCCGUUGCCUCCUGUCGUGGGAGAGCUCGGACUCGCCCCCACUGGCCUUCCUGGGAGGUGCUGUCGCUGGUUUUUAUCCUGCUGACCCAGGGGUCGGCCAGACGACGGAGCCGUGGGCGUCGACAGCCACAGCUCAGGCAUCCACGGGAGCCCAUGCCACGCCUCUGCUGUAGAACAUGUGCUUCCAUCACGUGCACCGUGCCCGCCGUCCGCAGUUCUGCACGGGGCUCCCUGUCCCGCCAACGUGCUGCCGCACCACGCCCCGGACGCAGCUUUGUUCCUGGCUGAAGGGUCCGCUUUGCGCUGGACACGCAGAGCUGCACGGAAAUCCCGCCCGACGGUGCCUGGGAGUGGGGUCCCCGCCGCAUAGGGUCCGCGAGGGAAGGGCGUGGGCCCCACGCCCACCUGGGUAUCCCACACCGCGGCUCAAGCACACACCGUUUUGAUGGGGUUUAAAGCAUCCACACGUUUUUCAAGCUGUUUUUCUUAAUGUUUUUAAAGGACCACUUUGAACUCACUCUCAGAUAGAAAGUAACUUACGGUGUCAAAGCUGCACCUGCCGUGGAGAGGCGGCCGCAGGCAGGCGGGCAGCCCGCGAGUCUCAGGAAACCAAGGUCCUCAAAGGAACGUCCAAGCGGGGAGGACUCCUGCGCGUGUCCCGCCUGCAUCUCUGUGGACCUAAGAGGCCGCCUUCCCCGGGGUGGAGGGGACCCUGGAACGGCCGGGCCGUGGUCUCCCACGCUCCCUCCCGCGCACUGCGUCCUCGCGGGGCCGCAGACGGGCGCUGGCAAGCACGCGAGUCGUCCACGUCGCGUCCAUGUUCCCGUUUCUCCCCGUCCCAGUUGGGAAACGUCGUUCAGGCUCAGCCCGGACGGCAGGUGGUGACGUUACCCGUCACCAAAGUAGCGGAGGGACAUGUGAAAGUCAAGGUGGGGACACAGCUGUCAGGCCGCGCCGCAGCGUUCAAUGUGGGCUCGUAACCUCACGUCUGUGUAUGAAGUACUAACGUUUUGCAACGUAUUUUAC